CCAGCGGCGCCGCGCGGCCCCGCCCCUCCCCGCCCCCCGCGGCCGUCGGCGGGGCUCGCCGGGCGCCGUGAGUCAGUGCCCAGUAAACAUUGGCGUGAGCCGCGCCGGCUCCGCGAUGGUGGCGGGGCCGUGAGGGGGGCGGGGGGCGGCGAGCGCGGCGGCGCCGGGCCGGGACCAUGGACGAGCUCAAGCACCAGGUGAUGAUCAACCAGUUCGUGCUGACGGCGGGCUGCGCCGCCGACCAGGCCAAGCAGCUGCUGCAGGCGGCCCACUGGCAGUUCGAGACUGCUCUCAGUGCUUUUUUCCAAGAAACAAACAUCCCCUACAGCCACCACCAUCAGAUGAUGUGCACCCCUGCCAACACGCCGGCCACGCCGCCCAACUUCCCCGACACCCUCGCCAUGUUCUCCCGCCUCAAGGCCUCCGAGAGCUUCAACAGCAGCAGCCCUGUGGCCUCCAUGGCGACUUCGCCGCCGCCCCCAGCCCCGCCGCUGCCCCAGCACGGGGCCUUCAAUCCCGCCUGGCCCGCGGCCUCCCCUGGGCAGCAGCAGAGCAUGUGGACUCCGGCCCCCCCGGCGCAGCCCGCGGGCUGGCCUGCCGCCGUCUCCCAGCAGGCCACGGCAGAACAGAAGGCUAACGUGACCAUGGAGGCAGAGAGAUGAGGCUGCGGCAGAGAGUGAACACGGCGGGGACCCCUGCGUAUAUAUAUAUAUAUAUUUUUCCCCCUCCCCGAAGAGGAGAGGAAUUCUACUGCCAGGGCGUCUGGCAGCCACAGAGACACACGAGCAAAUAGCUGCCUUGCAUGGGUUUGGUUUGAAGUAGUUUUUACUUGUCCUAGAGCUGAGCAGAGCUCCCCAGAGACAGUGGGAGGCUGCAUGGGACGCGACACCGGCGCUGGCCUCUGCCUGGGACCCUGCUCCCGGGGGGCUUCUGGGGAGGGAGCACCCCUCUCCUCUCGGGGGACACCGGAGUUUGCAUGCGAGUGACGUUGACGGAGGAGGCCUCUUUUUCACGGUCCCCCUCCCUGCCCGCGCAGGCUGGGCCGCCCCGCCACGCAGGACGGAUCGCCCCCGAGUGUGUCCCCCCCUCCUCGGCCCCGCAUGCCCGGGUCGGACUCGGACGCCCCGCGCGUUUUGUUUCUCGUAAGGGGGAAGAAGAGAGCGAGCGCCGUUUCUGCUCGGCCGCAGCCCCCGCCCCACACGCGCUGCACUCGCCGGUGAGCAGGGCUGGGGGACGCCAACUCCCGGGGAGAUGUGGAGCCCCGUGUUUUCUGUGCCCCCGGCUCGCCCCUUGGGGAGCCCCUUGGGAUGGGGCGCGGGGCCGCCGGACGGGGCGAGCUGCGAGGAGCCUGCCUGGGCCAGCGCGCCGGCCCCUCGCCCUGCCGGGACGGGUUUGCCCGGGGGCUGUUUGCAUGACACAGUGUAACCCCAGAGACUGGGCUCAUUUUUAACCCCUCUGUUCUUUUCUCCUGGUGGCUGAAAGUCUACCCAGACGCGCCGCAGCCGCUUGCAAUACACGCUCUUCCGCUUUGAA